AUGGCCGAGACAUAUGCCGCGCACGACGGCCAGUGGGGUUGCAACCUCUGUCGCCGCUACUUUGUGGGCGGCGAGGCGUAUCACUGCUUCCACGGGUGCAACUUUGAUGCAUGCGAAGAGUGCAUGGCUCGCGGCGGACGGCGGAUGGGCGGCCCGGUAGAGGCGCCUGGUCCGCGCGCUACCUCGCGCGUCCGCCCGCUUCUGGCCCGCGCCGACGUGGCCAUGCAGGACCUGCACCUCGGUAGGCUCCUCGGCCACUCGCAGUACAAGGACAUUUUUGUCGGCGACCGCGACGGCGUGCCGCUAGCGGUGACCCGUACCAAGGGCGGCGUGCUCCUUGGCGUCGAUCCGGAGACCAUGGCCGCCCUCGGUGCCCAUCCGUACCUGCUCUCAUACCACGGCCACGCCCAGGACAGCGAUGGCUCCGAGUACAUCGCGUUUGAGCUCUGUCCUGACGGCCCACUGGAGACCUUCCUCGUUCGCGAAGGCAGUGAGUGGUCGCUAGACCUCAAGAUUGUGCUUGUCCGCCAGAUCGCCGCUGCCCUCGCCGCUCUCCACGCUGCCGGCGUUGUCCACGGACAUCUCUCGUCGCGCAACGUCUUUGUCGAUUCGCUUGCGGAGCCUGUUGUCAAGGUCGGCGACUACGGCCUGACCCAGCCGGCGACCCACCUCCCGCUGCCGGCAUCAAUCUCGGCGCGCGCCAAGCUUGCCCAUGUCUUCGAUGCGCCCGAGGUGCUCGCCGGUGGCGCGCCGAGCCCGGCGUCUGACGUCUGGCAGCUCGGUGUGGUGCUCUGGGAGGUUAUGGCCAACGGCGCGCGGCCGUACUCGGGUGUGGCGGGGGUCAACGAGCUUGAUCCCGCCAGCGUUGCAGCCUACCUCGCCUGCGGCGGCCGUCUUCCACCGCCACACGCUUGCUACGCUCCGCUGUACAAGUUUAUGCUCGCGUGCUGGAGCGCCGAUCCGGCAGCCCGCCCGGUCUCAACCUCGCUCGAGGAGCGACUCGCAGUCCUCGCCGACGCGUACUACGCCGACCCCAACUACGUCGACGACAACGAGCUCUCAGACGACCCGGCAAUCGACCUCGCAGCGCCGCCGCCGCAGACCCCGCAGUGA